AUGGCUACCCCUAAGUACCCUGAAAAGGGGCCACCUUCGUUCACAAGCAGUGAACCUACUCCCGAAGCUACGGAUAAUGCGACGUUUGGAACUGUCUCAAAUAUAGCUGCCGGCUCACAAGCUUUACAUCGUAAAUUACGCGGAAAGGAAGUGCAGUUAUUUGCAAUUGGCGGGGCAAUUGGAACUUCUUUAUAUGUUCAGAUGGGCUCGGCCUUGCCAAAAGGAGGACCUGCUGGUCUCUUUAUUGCCUUUGUUCUAUGGGGGAUGAUUAUGUGGGCAGUGAACGAGUGCUUCGCCGAGAUGGUGACCUAUCUCCCAGUGCCAUCACCCUUCAUUCGCUUUGGUAGUGAGUGGGUUGAUGGUGCGCUAGGCUUUGCCAUGGCCUGGAACUUCUUUCUCAACAUGGCAUUCCUUGUGCCUUUCGAGAUGGUUGCUAUGAACAUCAUGAUCACAUUUUGGACAGACAAGGUGCCCGUUGAGGCUAUCAUCGUCGCGAUGAUUGUUCUCUAUGCUUUGCUUAACGCGAUUAGUGUGAAGUACUUUGGAGUUUCCGAGUUCUACCUAUCAAUCUUCAAAGUCAUCUUGAUGAUUGGGUUAUUCUGCUUCACAUUCAUUACUAUGCUAGGAGGUAGCCCGUUGCACGAUCGAUACGGAUUCCGAUAUUGGGACAAUCCGGGAGCAUUCGUUGACCAUCUUGUUCCCGGGCGAACAGGUCGAUUCUUGGGCGUCCUUUCCUGUGUGUAUCAGGCUACUUUCUCGAUCUGCGGACCAGAGUACAUAUCUAUGGUCGCUGCUGAGGCAGAGAAUCCUCGAAAGAUUCUUCCUCCGGCUUAUCGAUCGUUUGUCUGGCGCAUCUUGAUAUUCUUCGUGGGUUCAGCUCUUUGCAUGGGCAUCGUCAUCCCAUAUAACGAUUCUACUCUACUUUCUAUCUUAGGAGGAGAUAUUUCUGGGUCUGGCACAGGUGCAGCAUCACCCUAUGUUAUUGCGAUGCAACGGCUUAAGAUCCAUGGCCUGCCGCAUCUCGUCAAUGCCCUUAUCAUGACAUCAAUAUUCAGUGCUGGAAACGGCCUCCUAUUUGCAGCGACUCGCACUCUACACGGAAUGUCACUUGAAGGACAUGCGCCACGGUUCCUCUCUUGGUGCACCAAGAGUGGUGUACCCCUCUGGGCACUUCUAUUUUCUCUCUCGUUCUGUCUACUCGCAUUUCUACAAGUGAACAGCUCUUCUGCAGAAGUCAUGACAUAUCUUGUCGAUCUCGUUACAUGUUGCCAGUUAAUCAACUAUGGAUUUACGGCUCUGACAUAUCGACACUUCUACUCUGCGCUGGCAAAGCAAGAAAUUUCACGCGACACUCUUCCCUACAAGGGCAAAUUCCAGCCUUAUACUUCUUACCUAGCUAUGGGCGGUACGAGCUUUAUGGUUCUGGCAGGCGGAUAUGAUCUAUUUAUGAAGGGUGGAUGGGAUGUGAUGUGGUUCUUCUUGGACUACGGCAUGAUCGGUUUCUUUGUUAUUACUUUCAUUGGGUGGAAGCUAAUCUGCAGGACCAAAUAUGUUUGGCCAGGAACUGCAGAUUUGAGCCUUGGUGGGCUGAAGGAAGAGAUCGAUAAUUAUGAAGCUCUAUAUACGCCCUCUCUCCAGGGAAAGCUGCCCCAAGAGUUCAUUUGGAAGAAAAUCAAGCCUGAGACUGGACUUUUAGCUGCCCAUGAACUCAGCAAUGAUAAAAUGUUGACCAAGCGCGAUGCACGUAUGUCUUACAACCCUGCCACAGAGGAGUUACGUUUAAAGGUCACUCAUACAUUUCUCCAUAAAUGUCACCGAAACUGGCUUAUGAGCGGCCUAUUUGAAUGGUGUGAAGAAGGGCUUAUCUCAAAGGACGAGGAGAAAACUUUGAAUAUAUUUGACAAUUGCACAACUAUGGGUUUUGAAAAGCCGUAUGCAUAUGCCGUCAAAGAUGUUGACAUAGGAAUCGCAUGUCCGGUUGGAACAUUUCCCCGAAUUGUGGUAGAAUCUAGAUGGUCGAUUCCCCGAUCCUCUGAUUCAGCCAUUCUAUGGCUUCAAAAGGCUGCACCAAAUCUCCAGGUCCUCAUUCUCAUUGAAUGGUGGAAUCUUCCAAAGGACACAGUGGCAGGACAGCUUCGAGUCUAUCGGCGUUGGACAAAAAACAUUCAAGCAGAGCCCAUCUUCCCGCGUCCGCAACAUUCCAAUAGACGGCGAAUCGUGCUCACACGAGAUGAGGUCCUUGGUACUGAGAAUAAUCGCUUUGAAGGGUUGGUUCUGCUAGUCGAUGAUCUGCGAACGAAUGCGCUCAAAGCUAUGGGUAAAAUGGAUUUGAAUCCGGCUUGUUAA